UAGACAUCCAUGGUAAAUGUAUCAUACUCUCACUAGACAUCCAUGGUAAAUGUAUCAUUCUCUCACUAGACAUCCAUAGUAGAUGUAUCAUAUUCACACUAGACAUCCAUGGUAAAUAUAUCAUUCUCUCACUAGACAUCCAUGGUAAAUGUAUCAUACUCUCACUAGACAGCCAUCGUAAAUUUAUCAUGCUCUCACUACACAUCCAUGGUAAAUGUAUGAUACUCUCACUAGACAUCCAUGGUAAAUGUAUCAUACUUUCACUACACAUCCAUGGUAAAUGUAUCAUACUCUCAUUACAUCGAUGGUAAAUGUAUCAAACUCGCACUACACAUCCAUGGUAAAUGUAUCAUUCUCUCACUAGACAUCCAUGGUAAAUGUAUCAUACUCUCACACACUAUAUAUUUAGAGAUACAAAACCUGUUUCGGAUAUUCUUUUGAUAACUUUAAGCUUGUCGUAAUGUUCUAUGGUAUUGUUUAUUUGUGUGUUUCUCUGUCCUGUAUGUUCUUCCAUUUAAUUGUAUUAUAGUCCUGUCAUGUAAUGUUGUCAUGUUAGUGUUAUAUUUAACAUUGCCAUUAAAGCGUGAGGUUUGGCUUGCCACAAAACCAGGUUCAACCCACCAUUUUUUCUUAAAAUGUCCUGUACAAAGUCAGGAAAAUGGUUAUUGUUAUCUUUAGUUCGUUUCUGUGUGUGUUGCAUUUUAGUGUUUCUGUUGUGUCUUUAUUCUCCUCGUAUAUUUGAUGUGUUUCCCUCAGUUUUAGUUUGUAACCCGGAUUUGUUUUUUCUCAAUCAAUUUAUGAAUUUCGAACAGUGGUAUACUACUGUUGCCUUUAUAUAUAUCAGACAUAGUGUAUGACUUUUGAGCCUGUCCAAAGUCCAGGGACUGCAAUUAGUUGGUUGUAGUUUGUUUCUGUAAAUCAUAUCGGUAUUUCGUUUAUGUUUUGAACAUAAGUAAGGCCGUCAGUUUCUCGUUUUAAUUGAUUAAAAUUUGGCAUGGUGGAGCCUUUUAUAGCUUGAUAUGCAGUAUUAGUUUUUCACAUUGUCGAAGGUCGUACGGUGGCCUUUAUUUGCUAACUUUUAUGACGACGGAUAUGUUCCAAUUGUCGUAACCCGAUCCCCUCCUCUUUUCCCCGAAUGUGACCUAACCGAAUUAAACCUACCAACGGAUUUGCACUUACAUGAGCACGACGACGGGUAUCACAUAUGGAGCAGGAUCUGCUUACCCUUACAGAGCACUUGAGAUCACCCCGGCUUUGGUGGGGUUCGAUUUGCUCAAUCUUUAGUUUCCUUUGUUAUGUUUAUGUACUUUUGUUGGUUUUUUAGUCGUUUUUUCGUUUUUGCCAUGGCAUUGUUAGUUUGUUUUCAACUUAUGAGUUUGAAUAUACCAUUGGUAUCUUUCGCCUCUCUUUUACGUCAUUUUGUCUCUGGUUGAAAGUUUUCUAAUUUUCAAUCAUACUACAUCUUUUUAUUUUUCAAUCGAUGUUAUUAAUUCUUAUAUACAAAAAGGUGUACAAAUGGCAGAAAAAUGUAUGAAGACGCUGCCAUUCAUUUUUGUGUGUUUGUUUUCUAUUAAUUAAAAUCUGUGAUUUUGCAGUGAAUUCUAUGUAAAUUACUAAAGGGAUUAUAUGUAAAUCAAGAAAUAGUAUAAUAAUAAUAGAUGAAAACAAUACCGGGAAGUAAAGGAUAGAAAACGGAAGUAUAACAAGCGAACUGAAUGAGAAUGAAAAAAAAAAACGGAAUGCUAAGGUCAGAAGACUAUUAAACUGUUCCAUGAGCCUGAGAAGUAAACGACUGACAAGGAGAUUCCAAGAAAGAUGUUUAUUUCAAACGAAAGCCUCAGCAACAUAUAUCUGGAAGAACUGAACAAUGCUAAGGUUAAGUCAAUGAUACCAAAUACUGUACUUCUAUUUGCGUUCCUACUCCCUAGUCUAGUCGGUAAUGGUUUGGUUUUGUUCGUUUAUAAAUUUAAACUUAAAUCAAAAACGGAUGACAGAUAUUUCAUUCCAUGUUUAUCUUUGGUUGAUAUGAUCGCUUGUAGUAUUGGAGCAACGUAUGCGAUUUCUUUGAACUUUAAUCCCUUUAAUUUUCGAAAUGACUUAAUAUGUAAAUUGAUCUGGACUUUACACCAAUCAAUUUCCUUAAGCUCGGCUCUGUUGCUAUUAGCAAUUGCUGUGCAACGAUAUAUCAAGGUCAGUAGACUAAUGAACUCAUCAAUGAGUGUUCGAAGUAAACGAUUGACAAUGACAGCAAUCAUAAUUGGAUCCAUUGUUAUAUCAGUACCCUGUUUGGUUUUGUACGGCGAAGAUGAGAUCCAAUUGAAAACCGAAAACAGAACAAUUACGGGGUAUAAUUGCGGAGCUGUGCCAAAUGUUAAUAGAGAUUUUCUAUUUGGUUAUUCAGUUACAUUGUUAUUAAUUUGUUUGUCUGGGAUUUGUGCAAUGAUCACAUUAUAUUGCUUGAUACUGCGUACCAUAUACAAACAAGAAUCUUUCAGGAAGAGAAAUACCUGUCGACCAAAUAAACAUUCUUUAAACGUCAGUGCACAACACAGUUCAGGAAAUACAAUUCAAACAGAUAUAUCCAAUUCAACAAAAGCUGAUGUUUCUGUCGACAAAACUGAUUCCAACAGCACAAAGAUGACUUCAACGACGAAAAUCAACCAACAAGAGGACACUAAUGGAGGAUCGGAUACUGAGGGGCAAAUAUCUACUGUCCCGUCUGCCAUCGAAACAAGACGGGAAUCAAAAUAUGUUAGAAUUGUCUCCCUUAUUAUGCACAAACAUCGAUUUUCUUUAAUGUUUUUACUUAUAACAAUAAUAUUUUGUAUUUCUUAUCUUCCUAGAAUUGCACUGAUGAUUAUAGAAUCUACUAUUGCUAAUUUCUGGGAUAAUUUAACGGAUACGGAAUACGUCAUAGCUAUAAGCUUUUACAGAGGACAUCUUCUUAAUACUGUUGUUAAUCCAUUUAUAUAUUUGGUUUUCGAUACGGAUUUUAGGUCAUCAUGCCAACAACUAUGUUCUGAAAAUUAAUGAAAUCAUAUAAAUAAACUCACCUAAGUUACCAGAAUUAAAAUUGUGUACGCCAGACGAGCUUUUCGUCUACAUAAGACUCAUCAGUGACGCUCGAACCAGAAAGUAAAAAAAUCUCCCAUUGACUUCAACGUGUUCAAUGUUAACCUGUUUCUUGAAUUAAUUGUUUACCUUUAGAAAUCAGAACCUGCUAUAUGUCAUUCAUUAAAAUACAAAUGUAGCCAUAUUUUUAGAAUCAAUCAAAACAUAUGGUCAUGCGGAAUGUUUUGGUCAUUCACAUGGUUUUUUUUUAAAUCACUGUAGGUACGCACUAAAUUCCUACACUGACCCCAUUACUUUUCAUUUCUAUAGUAAAAAAAUAGCCAUAGUUUUCGUCCAUCUUAUAAAAAGAUAUCCAAUACAAACAUUAUCUAGCAAUCAGUGAAGCACCGGUCAUUAGUGUUAUCCAGAAAGCUGUCCAACAAAUGGGCGGUCCUAGAUGACAUAUAUUUAUUUUCACUUUUCCUUGUUUGAAGUAUGUUAAAAGAUGGAAAGUGUGAAUGCGGGACUUAAAAAAGUAGACAAACUCAUAGACGUGAAUAUAGUGGAGUGACGUUAAAUUUAAAAAUUAAAUUUACAUAAAACCGACUGACAUAUGGCUAAAUAGUAUAUCAGUCAAACACAUCUGCCGACAUUUUGCCCGGUCGAAAAAACAUCGUCUUGUGCAAUUAUGUCAAAUUGAGAGGAAACGUGAUGCGGAAAUCCAGGACAAUAACAAGUUUGUUUCAUGGUUAUUUUAAAUUUCAACUAAAGAGGAGGAGAAAAUACCAAGGGAGCAAUUACAUACAUUAAAUAGAAGAAAAAGGCAGCACAAUGCAAAAAAAACAACAAAAAAACACGAAAAGACAAACAGCCAAACAGCCAAAAUAGCCAAAAUCACAGCCAAUCAUAACAA